GAGCGCGAGGGAGCGGGCGGCUCGCGGGCCUGCCAGCUAGCCUGAGCCGCGGGAGAGCGCGGGGACCCGAGUCCGAGAGAGAAGCGCGGCGCGAGAGGCGCUGCCCCCAGCUCCGUGCGGCCGCCCUCCGCGGCCCGAGCACCCCGCCUCCUUCCCUCCCCUCCCCUGCGCUCCGGCCUGGGGUCUUGGGGCGGGGAGCGGAGGGAAGGGACGAAGGAGGAGGAGGAGGAGGAGGUGAAAGCGAGGUGAGGGGCGGAGGGGUCCCGGCGCGGGGCGAGGCGCGCGCUGCCUUUCGCUCUCCCGCCCCGCAGCCGCAGCCUCCACGCCCGGUGCUGCAGUCCCGGGGCGCCCGCACUAUGCAGGCGAACCGUCAGCCGCCUGGAUGGCUAGCCGGGCGGUGGUGAGAGCCGGGCGCAGCCCGCGGUGUCCCCGAGUCCGGGCCGCGGCCGCCGCCCCCGCCCGGACCGCGCUCCCCCUUUACUGCUCCCUCCCUCUCGGCUCCAACUCCUCCUCCUCCUCCUCCUCCAUGCCUCUGUGCCUCCUGCUCCUACUUAUUCUGCUUCUGCUGCUCGAAGACGCCGGAGCCCAGCAAGGUGAUGGAUGUGGACAUACUGUACUGGGCCCUGAAAGUGGAACCCUUACGUCCAGAAACUAUCCACAGACCUACCCCAACAGUACUGUUUGUGAAUGGGAGAUCCGUGUGAAGACUGGAGAGAGAAUUCGCAUCAAGUUUGGUGACUUUGACAUUGAAGGUUCUGGUUCUUGUCACUUUAAUUAUCUCAGAAUUUAUAAUGGAAUUGGAGUCAGCAGAACUGAAAUAGGCAAAUACUGUGGUCUGGGGCUGCAAAUGAACCAUUCAAUUGAAUCAAAAAGCAAUGAGAUUACAGUGCUGUUUAUGAGUGGAAUCCAUGUUUCUGGACGCGGAUUUUUGGCUUCCUAUUCGGUUGUAGAUAAACAAGAUCUAAUUACUUGUUUGGACACUGCAUCCAAUUUUUUGGAGCCUGAGUUCAGCAAGUACUGCCCAGCUGGUUGUCUGCUUCCUUUUGCUGAGAUAUCUGGAACAAUCCCUCAUGGAUACAGAGAUUCCUCGCCACUGUGCAUGGCUGGUGUGCAUGCAGGAGUAGUGUCAAAUAUUUUGGGCGGCCAAAUCAGCGUGGUAAUCAGCAAAGGUAUCCCGUACUAUGAAAGUUCUCUGGCUAACAAUGUCACAUCUGUGGUAGGACACUUAUCUACAAGUCUUUUUACAUUUAAGACAAGUGGUUGUUAUGGCACACUGGGCAUGGAAUCUGGUGUGAUCGCUGAUCCCCAAGUAACAGCCUCGUCUGUGCUGGAGUGGACUGACCACACAGGGCAGGAGAACAGCUGGAAACCUGAAAAGGCCAGGCUGAAGAAACCUGGACCCCCUUGGGCUGCUUUUGCCACUGAUGAAUAUCAGUGGUUACAAGUAGAUCUGAAUAAGGAAAAGAAGAUAACAGGCAUUAUAACCACUGGAUCUACUAUGGUGGAGCACAAUUACUAUGUGUCUGCCUAUAAAAUUCUGUACAGCGAUGAUGGGCAGAAAUGGACUGUGUAUAGAGAGCCUGGUGUGGAACAGGAUAAGAUAUUUCAAGGAAACAAAGAUUAUCACCAGGAUGUACGUAAUAACUUUUUGCCACCAAUUAUUGCACGUUUUAUUAGAGUGAAUCCUACCCAGUGGCAGCAGAAAAUUGCCAUGAAAAUGGAGUUGCUUGGAUGUCAGUUUAUUCCUAAAGGUCGACCUCCAAAACUUACUCAACCUCCACCUCCUCGGAACAGCAAUGACCUCAAAAACACCACAUUGCCUCCAAAAAUAGCCAAAGGUCGUGCCCCCAAAUUUACUCAACCACUCCAACCUCGAAGUAGCAAUGAACUUCCUGCAGAGACAGAACAAACCACUGCUACUCCUGAUAUCAAAAAUACCACGGUAACUCCAAAUGUAACCAAAGAUGUAGCAUUGGCUGCAGUUCUUGUCCCUGUGCUGGUCAUGGUCCUCACUACUCUCAUUCUCAUAUUGGUGUGUGCCUGGCAUUGGCGAAACAGAAAGAAAAAAACAGAAGGCACUUACGACUUACCAUACUGGGACCGGGCAGGCUGGUGGAAAGGAAUGAAGCAGUUUCUCCCUGCCAAGUCAGUGGAACACGAGGAAACCCCAGUUCGCUACAGCAACAGUGAAGUGAAUCACCUGAGUCCGAGAGAAGUCACCACAAUGCUGCAGGCUGACUCUGCAGAGUACGCACAGCCACUUGUGGGAGGACUCGUUGGCACCCUUCACCAGAGAUCUACCUUCAAGCCUGAGGAAGGAAGAGACGCAGGCUACGCAGACCUCGAUCCUUACACCUCGCCAGUGCAGGAAGUGUACCAUGCCUAUGCCGAACCGCUCCCCAUCACUGGGCCUGAGUAUGCAACCCCAAUCGUCAUGGACAUGUCAGGGCACCCCACAGCUCCAGUGGGUCUGCCUGCAACAUCCACUUUCAAAGCUACAGGGAACCAACCUCCUCCCGCUUUGGUGGGAACCUACAGUCCACUUCUCUCCAGGACUGCCAGCUGCUCCUCAGCCCGUGCCCAGUAUGACACCCCAAAAGGUGGGAAGCCAGGUCCCACUGCCCCAGACGAAUUGGUGUACCAGGUACCACAGAGCACGCAGGAAGCAUCAGGUGCAGGAAGAGAUGAGGAAUGUGGUAUUUUUAAAGAAAUCCUUUGAAGCCGAUGCUGCUUUUUACAAAGCAUCAUUUUAAAGCACAUGGCCUUUGUAAAGAUUAUUAGUAGUAGUAAUAUAUAGAAUGUAUUACAUAUCUGUCACUGCAGCAGUUGGGGAAACGUGAUGACCAAGGGACAGGAAACUACUAAUUUUGCCAUCUCGCUUUAAAGGUGUUACUGUGCCAGUCAUUGCUUGCCUCUUAAAUUUUCAACAUCCUGUUUGUUACUACUGUAAGACACUCUUUUAAUACAGAAAAAGCUCCCUGUAAUGCACUUCAAAGAAAUUAAAAUUCACUGAGUAUUUAUUUCCAAUGUUGCAGGUACAUUAAUGAACUCAAGAGAUGGCUCUGUAAGCCAGACUGGCAAUAACGCAUGGUACUGUUUUUUGGGUUUUUUUUGGUGUUUUUGAAAUAUCUAAUGGCUUGAAAUUCUCUAUGAAAGGUGGGUACUAUCUUGAUUUCCUCUUGUUCUAUUUCUAGAUUGCUUUCUGCAUUAUUAUUUUGAAUAGUGACACAGCACUGUUUGGAUUACAGCCAUGUACAUUUCUCUUUCAGUAGGAAGAUCUGUAGCUAGGAAACUGGCUUGUACUGAGCAGGGUGCCGACUUCACGUUGUGACACUCACAAGCUCAGCACUUCAUGGUACAUGACCUGGUCUCAGCCUGGCUGCUUCUGACCAGGGUCCUUCUGGGUGAGGCCCAUUCUUGUGUUUAUAAAAUGUUUGGUUUCUUUCGGCAUGUGAUGCUUGCUGUAUCCAUCUCUUGAACUCAGAUCCUCUGAAGUCUUUCUAUUUCUCCAUGUGGAAACAUGAGAGGAGCUAAUUACGAUUUAGAAAAGCUGUAAAAGAGAUUCCCUUCCUCCCUGCCCCCAAAUUUUAUUUGCAAUAAGAUUUUUCCCUUGGAGAGUUGUGGAAAGUUGAGGGCUUCUAAAUGAAUGCUGCAAACAUAACUGAUUUAUAUUUAUCACAGUAAAAGACAAAAAUCAUUCACUCACAAGUAAUACAAAUUACCUUAAGCAAACAAAUAAUACAAUGAAAAUUUGUCCUCUUUGGCUUUUUACACACACACACACACAAAUUCUGCUUCCAUCUCAAGGAACUUUAUUAUUUUUAGGCAAAUAAUUUUCAGUGCAUUUUUCCACAGUAAACUCUUGUAAGAAAUGCCAGCCCAACUUGUGGUGUUCAGUCUUCACUGUGACUGCCCGUUGGAUGGUGAGAGAGAGGAGGAGUCCUUUGUCAUACCUAGGGAACAGAUGUAGUGACAUCCUAGCAAAUGAAUAUCUGUGCCUUGUUUUUGGUACCUCCUGGCAACUUGUCACCAUUUGUUCAUGAUUUGUCCAGAACGAGUUGCAAAUAAGGCAAAAAUAAAAAAUCGUCUGCAAUGUAUCAGCCAGUAGUGUAAAAAAAAAAAACUUUAAAAGUCUUUAGAUUGGCAAGACAACAUAAGAAGCUCACCAUAUAGUGAAUAAAAGAAAACUAACAUCCCCUCCUCCAUCAACCUUAGUGUGUAGACUUAAUGUGAAACUAGUUUAGUCAUUGCUGUCAGCCAGGCCACCAGACUAUGAUGCUGCCAGAGUUCACUACAUUUAAAUGAAGGUGAACAGCAUUCAUUUUGUUUGCUUCCAUGAUAUUCUAAAACAUUGCUCCAAAAAGAGAACCAUGUACUUCUACAGCCUCCCUGAUCCCUUCUUCAUUGUAUGCUUUGUUGGCUUUCCAUUUGCUUUUCUUUUUCCAAACUUUGAGGCACAAUUUCAUUCAUUGAAAAAAAAAUCAGUCAAUGCAUAGUUUGUUUCAAAAAGCACAGAUGUUGAACAUUGAGAUACACAUGAAUGUGUGAAGUGUGUGUGUUAAUGCAGUCAUCCCCUUUCAGGUGGAAAGGUUAAACCAGUGGCUUUAAUUUUUUUUAUAAUUCAUCCUUAGUACAUGGAAAAUAUACUCUUCCUCAAGUUGUAAACCUCUUUGAAGCUUUAGGAGAUGUUUUCAAUGAUUAUUUCACUUACCCAGAGAAGCUUGCUAUUUCUGUGUAAUUUUGUGUACCUGCUUGCUUUCCGCCCUGGAGCUUUUGUUGCUGUGCACAAAAGGCAAGUGCUUUCUGAAGUGAUGCAUAUUGAAAACUUGACUCAUCACCACUGUGCUGUCCUUGAACUACCCAUGAUUUUAAUAAAAUAGUUUUUACUACUUUUAUAUAUUUUCCCUUCCAGAUGAAGAGCUGAGCCUGAAUCAAAUUGUUUUUCUAGUUCUGUACUUUGAGUUUGUUUUCCUGUUUGAGAUUUUUUUAGUAUGUUUAUAUGUCUGAUAUAUAUACACAUAUGUAUAUAUAUACAUAUAAAUACAGCUUUGGAGACAAUCAAGUAACAUCUGAAAAUGUGAAAGUAACCAUCUUUUGACAGUUCCCUUGGAUUUUUCUUUGCUUGAAGCAUUUAAGACUUAAAUUGUUUUUUUUUGUUUUUUUUUUUUUUUUUGGUGUGUUGAUACAAUUAUAGAAAUUGAAUCAGACAAUGACACAGCAAGUGUGGCCCUUACAGGUUUCAUAAAAUUACACUGACUUGGCUGUUACUUGAUCCUAGAAACCAGCACAGUUAAAGAUAUUGUGAAUUCUUAUUUUUAUUUUAUUAAAAUGCUAUAAAUAGAAUCUGUUAUGUGCUGGGUCUAGUCCAGUUAUUUAACUUCACAGUUCACUAUUUGCACUUUGCAUUGAACAAUGGGUUUAUUCACUGAUGAAAAUCGAAUAGAGAAUUUAUUCAGAAAUUAAAAUUAUGUAUACACCUGCCUCUUCCCCUAUCCCCCACAACACUGGGAGAGGGCAGCAGACUCCUAGCUCAUCUGAAUGUGCCUGUGGCUCCCGAGUGUGGAGAGUGACAAAGCUGGGGCUUCCUUCCUGUGCUGCAGAAAGACCCUGUCAGGUGAGUCAACUAGAAAGGCCCAGUGGAGUGUGGGGGACAUUUCCUGUGAGAACUGAUGAAGCUCUGCCUAAAAUUAGGAUAAUCACUUAUGAGCUCUGCCUUUUUGUUCUAAACUUGAAGUCCCUAAACUGCAAAAUUUAAGAGUUGGAUAGUUAUAAAAGUAGUUUUUAGAUCAACUGAGGCACGAAUUCUCAUGUAAUCCAACUUGUGGCUAGUUUUUUUUCCCCUUUGGCACUGUUGAAUAUGGAAACAAAACAUGUAUUGAAAUGCAUAUUGGAAAUAAAAAUGGCCUAGUGUCAGUGACUCUCCCAGAAUGUACUUUUCUUACCUCGGCAUGUACUGUAGUCACUCAGUAUUUGUAUAUGUUGCUAGAAUUUAGAUUGUAUAAACAGUGAAAUUUUAAUGUGUUCCUUCCUGUGUUUUUAAUAAAUUGUAUAUAUAAUAGA